UUAAUUUUUAAUUUUUUUGGCGAAAGCAAAAACCCCUUCUGAAUUAUAUCAGGGUGACAUACUGAGCUCAGGCCGUGUGCCAAGACAGCUUCACUCUGGCCUGGUUUCAUUUGUCUGGAUGGCUGACUGCGUCUCUCAGAUCCCCAUUCAAAAAAUAAUUAUAUCUAAAAUAAUAUGCUGGUUGUUCUCAUUCAUUCAAAAAAAAAUGUGUCAAGCUCCUUAGACUGCUCACCAACACCGUAGUCCAUGUGGCCACACUAAACUGCGCUCAGCAACAUAUCCAUUAAGGGACUAAAUUAUAGACAUUUCUUAAAAGAUCCACCAUGACGCGCCGCUUCAGGUCCAAAAGCCCCCCUGUUACGCAAAUGGUUUACGUGAUGUGCACGUUAAACCAUGUUGACACAACAAUGAACAGCACAUGUUGUGAAGAGGGCAAAGGGUCAGGGGAUGGAACAGGAGCGCUCGGGCUGUUAAAUAGUUUUACAUUUACAUUAAGUUUUACUGUUGGUGCUAAUCUAAGAUCUCCCGAAUAAGGCUCUUGUAUGUAAAACACUGUUACACUCAUAUAUUUUUACUCAAAAUGUGAAGUAAUCCAUACGGUCUAACACAAAAGAUCUAUGAAGUGAUUCCAAAAAAAAAAAAAGGUUCCAAAAAUAUUUUCCUAAUCCUGUCUUGUCUGAUUGUCGACCUGGUCUUGGCACCGUGUUUGUCUGCUACUGUACGCCCUCUCUGCCUGAUUGGCUCUCGGUGAAGGCAGGGCAGUAUAAAUGCUCUUCAAGUUACUCUCUUUCUUCCUUUUUUGGGAAGCUCUCCGCGCUCUCGGUACCAGCAUGCCUGUCAUCAGAACCCUCAGCAAGGUGGCCAAGCAGGCCCUGCUCAGCACCCCAGGGUGCGGCUGCCAGCCCCUAACGGUGGCUGUACGCAACAUCAGCUUCUCCCCUCGGCAGGUGACAUCUGACGCCAGCUUCCACUCCGUGUCCUUCUCAGAAACAGACCACCCCAAGGUGCUCAUUACAGGUGGCCUGGGUCAGCUCGGGGUGGGGCUUGCCAAAUUGUUGAGGAAGAGGUUUGGAAAGAACAAUGUCAUUCUGUCUGACAUCAGGAAACCUCCAAGCAACGUCUUCCACAGUGGCCCCUUCAUCUACUCAGACAUCCUGGACUACAAGAACCUGCGGGAAAUUGUGGUGAACAACCGCAUCACUUGGCUGGUUCACUACAGCGCCCUCCUCAGUGCUGUUGGAGAGGCUAACGUGGCUCUGGCGCGCUCUGUUAACAUCACCGGGCUUCACAACAUCUUGGACAUUGCAGCAGAGCACGGCUUGCGUCUGUUUGUCCCUAGCACCAUCGGUGCCUUCGGUCCCACUUCUCCCCGCAACCCCACGCCAGAUCUCUGUGUGCAGAGACCUCGCACUAUCUAUGGUGUCUCCAAAGUCCAUGCUGAGCUGAUGGGAGAGUACUACCACCACCGUUACGGCCUGGACUUCCGCUGUCUCCGCUACCCAGGAAUCAUCUCUGCUGACUCCAUGCCUGGAGGUGGCACAACAGACUAUGCUGUCCAGAUCUUCCACGAUGCAAUCAAAUCUGGCAAGUUUGAGUGCAACUUGAAACCUGACACGCGGCUACCCAUGAUGUACAUUGACGACUGCCUGCGUGCCACGCUGGAGGUGAUGGAGGCGCCAGCUGACACGCUGAGCAUGAGGACCUACAACAUCAACGCCAUGAGCUUCACCCCCGAGGAACUGGCCCAGGAGCUCCAGAAGCAGAUGCCCGAGCUGGAGGUCACGUAUGACAUUGACCACGUACGACAGGCCAUUGCUGACAGUUGGCCAAUGAACUUUGAUGACUCCAACGCACGGAAGGACUGGGGUUGGAAGCACGAUUACGAUCUACCAGAGCUCGUCCAGACGAUGCUGAACUUCUUUGGCGCAGAAACGCGCAUGGCUCGUGCUAACUGAGCGGGCGCACGACCACGGUCCGAGUAUUCUUUGUACAUAAUGUAAAGACUGACCAAAGAGAACAGAGAAACAUGGCCUGUACAUAGUCGUUCUCUCGCUUUUCUCUGUAAAAUCAGAAGGGCUCUGCUUGCCCUGGCACAAGGCUACCAUGUGUCCAGAAUGUAAAGGUCAGUGCGGGCUUUCCUCCCCCGCUCCUGUCUGUCUACCCCUGCUUUGCUCUCUUUCAACCUGGAGAUUUGGUGAGGCGCAGUCGGUGGAAGGUUGUCAACAAUAUCCGGGAUAACAACGUCGCCUGUGAAAACUUGUUUGGAUGAAAAAGAUGACUUGCAUGUUGAUGAAUUGUGCAAAAUAUUGCAAUGUUUUCUUGGCAAAAACCAAUUUAACAAACUGAGAAUGUUGCAUUGUGUAUUUGUAAGCGUUUCUACCAAUUUUUCUUUGGAAAUCCAAAUCGGUCAGGGUUGUUUUCUGCUAAAUUUCCAAGAAUUGUUAAAAUUCAAGUAUUCAGGGCCUAGCUUCUGGGGCUAAAAUCAAGUAAUUUUGUAUUGAGGGGUGUACAAACACAUAACUUGUGUCCUUUGAUGCACUUUAGGCAGAUUUGUAACUUAAAAUUACUGACAAGUAAAUGAGCCUAAUCACCUGCGGGGGCGAUUUCUGAUACAGUGCGUCUGUAUUUCGAGUUGUGCAGAACUGUAAUUCUUAAGAAUUCUUCUUCUGUUUAUUCCACAUAACAUUAUUUAUUCUGUCUGUUGGUGUUAAACAUGUGUGAGCUUCGAGUGAAAGCAUUUCUUAACACUCUUGUUUCGAAGUGUUCCUGUCCACUUUUGUUUUAUAUUAUUUUUUCAUCAACUCUGGGCAAUUUGACACAAAAGAGAAAUGUGACACGUUUAUGCCACAUUUACGUUUAGCCACAUUUGGUGGCUUCUGUAUUAAAGCAUUUUGUAAAAGAAAUGCUGAAAUAGUUUUCUGUGUAAAAGUCAGGUUCUUUCAAUCACACAACAAGCUUUGACAAUAAAACCUUUUUCCACAUA